CUCCCCUGAAGUGCUUCAUCCCGUGUGGCGGCCGCGAUGAUGGAGGAUCAGCAGCAUCAGGAGCAGCGGCAGCACCCCUUCACAUACAUCUUCGUUGGUCGUCGCACGUUCUACCUCCUCAGCCUCACAGACAUACUCCAGCUGAAAGCCACCUGCACAUGGCUCAGAGGUCUCUUCGGAGCGGCCCAGCUGAGAGAUCGGCUCCGCCACUCCGUUGGCUCACAGGCGGGGCUGCGGCGGGUGGUCAACGGGCAGCAAGUGCAGCUGGUGCGGUUCGACGACGACCAGUUCGGCGUGUGUGAUCUGCUGGCGGCUGUGUGUGUGAUGGAGGAGGGGCCAUGGGUGGAGAUCGGCGAGGUGACUGAGUGGGCCAGCCAGUGCGGCGACUGUGAGCUGCCUGUCACCCUCACGGCAGAUGACAUCAACACACACGCCAACAAGACGGUAAGGCACACACACAGCGGGGCAAGAGGGACCAGAGAGGCCUCAUUCAUUCCUCUCUGUCUGUGUGUCUGGUGUGGUGUAGGCGUAUAGAUCGUUUCCCCGUGUGUUGGCGCAGCUGAUGGUGGUCGGCCGCCACGUCCACUUCAGUGACGGCAGCCGCCUGCAGAUAGUCCGCCGUGCCAAUGGUGAGGUGCGGGGCAUCAAGGACGAGCCCGACUUCCGGCUGACGAUCAACCCGCCCCUCCCCGCCGGCCAUCUGUAUCAGCAGCACCGACUAGAGCAUGACCCACCAGUGGAGAGCCGCAUCUGCUACUUGGGCGGCAGAUGGGGCUGGCUUAGGCUGUUCACCUGUGCGUCGGUGUCGUCAUUCGCCAAGCGCACGAUCGUCGAGCAGUUCCACGCGACUCACCAGAUCAAUCGCAUAUCGAUAUCACUCAACAGGUGACGACACGUCAAUGGCAGCAGUGGCGAGAGGGGUGCGUGUUUGAUUGUGUGUGUGGUUGGCUCAGGCCUGUUGGUGGCGGCCGUCUGGAUGGCCUCCUCACCCAGUCGCCCCACACAGCGGUGGCCGGAUGCACUACCACAUUUAGCCAGGACGCUUGUAUCGGUCGUGUGCGAGAGCUGGUGCUGACCGACAGCAGCCACAACUUCGUCGCGUGGAUUUUCAUUUCGGAUAUGAGGAACGACACUGGUCAGGCUGACAGACAGGCAGCUCUGCUGGUCAAAUCUCAUGUGUCUUCUCUUUUUAAUUGUCUGCAGUGAUGGUUACUGUCCACACGACCGAGGCGCCUGCGGCUGGUGCUGGUGCUGGUGGUGCCUUCAAGGACCGCUAUCCGGUGACGACUCAGCUGGCCCGUGUGGCGCUGGGGCGAGUGGCGCCAUACGUCUUCGACGGACAAGUACAACAGCAGCAGCAGCAACAAGAUGACAACAGCGACGAUGGUACGGACAUACACGCACAUUGGUGGACGGAUGGACGACGUGCCUUCUUUAUGUGUGUGGCAGACGGAGAUGGUGGCGAUGAGAGUGACGAGAUAGAUGACGACAGCGAAGGGGGCAGUAGAGGUAUCAGGAGCAAAAGGCACACAGCACCACUGCGUCGCAUACAUUUGUGUGUGGGUGUGUGUGUUUGGAUGGCAGGCGACAAUGCAUCAGCCGAGGAGGAGAAUGGCGACUGAUCCACAAACCGAUCAGUCAAUACCGGGGCACCACAGGUAUGCACAUACGACAGACAGUGCGGCAGAUAUUUCUUCUGUGAUGUCAUGGGCUCUUGCCGUGUGUGUGUGUCCUCUCUGUGUGGUUUUGGCAGGGUGUUUGGUGUGCUGUCCGUAGCUGCUGGCUGCCUAUCGACUCUCAUCCCUUUGUCAUGUAUGCGACACCUCCCAUGACACAGCAGACUGCGUGGCCAGAGGGCCCCUCUCUACAGAACAAUUUGAAGUGGUAGAUAGGCAAGGCACGCCGUUUAUGUGUGUUUUGACCGUGUUGGACCGACCGAUGCUGUCGAACUGUUUCG